AUGCCUGCUUCUGCUCCUUUGGUCAGCGCCGGCGGCUCUAACGCCAACGACAACAUCACCCGCUUCGCUCCCCCCAGCCGAGUGCUCUCCCCUCACAGCCACACCCUCUUCCACAACAAGACAAGAUGUUUCGUCUAUGGUAUGCAGCCCCGUGCUGUCCAGGGUAUGCUCGACUUCGACUUCAUCUGCAAGCGUAGCACGCCCUCCGUCGCCGGUAUCAUCUACACCUUCGGUGGCCAGUACUGGGGAACCAGCGAGACCCUUCUGCCCGUCUACCAGGAUGUCUCCAAGGCCAUGGAGAAGCACCCCGACGUUGACACCGUUGUCAACUUCGCUUCUUCCCGUUCCGUCUACAGCUCCACCAUGGAGUUGAUGCAGUGCCCCCAGAUCAAGUCGAUCGCCAUCAUUGCCGAGGGUGUCCCCGAGCGUCGUGCUCGUGAGAUCCUGGUUACCGCCCAGGAGAAGGGCAUCACCAUCAUUGGUCCCGCUACCGUUGGAGGUAUCAAGCCCGGUGCUUUCAAGAUCGGUAACACCGGCGGUAUGAUGGACAACAUCGUUGCUUCCAAGCUCUACCGCAAGGGUUCCGUUGGUUACGUCUCCAAGUCUGGUGGUAUGUCCAACGAGUUGAACAACAUCGUCUCGCAGAACACCGACGGUGUCUACGAGGGUGUGGCCAUCGGUGGUGACCGUUACCCCGGUACCACUUUCAUCGACCAUCUGCUCCGCUACCAGGCCGAGCCCGACUGCAAGAUCCUGCUCUUGCUCGGUGAGGUCGGUGGUGUUGAGGAGUACCGUGUCAUCGAGGCCGUCAAGAACGGUGUCAUCACCAAGCCCAUUGUCGCCUGGGCCAUCGGUACCUGCGCUAGCAUGUUCAAGACCGAGGUUCAGUUCGGUCACGCCGGUGCCUCCGCCAACUCCCAGCUGGAGACCGCUGUGAACAAGAACCAGGCCAUGCGCGAGGCUGGUAUCCACGUCCCCGAGACCUUCGAGGACCUGCCCCAGACCCUGAAGGAGGUCUACGACGCCGAGGUCCAGAAGGGUCUCAUCAAGCCCCAGCCCGAGCCUGCCGUUCCUAAGAUCCCCAUCGACUACUCGUGGGCCCAGGAGCUGGGUCUCGUCCGUAAGCCCGCUGCUUUCAUCUCCACCAUCUCCGACGACCGUGGCCAGGAGCUCCUGUACGCCGGUAUGCCCAUCUCCGAUGUCUUCAGGGAGGACAUUGGUAUCGGUGGUGUCAUGUCUCUUCUGUGGUUCCGCCGCCGCCUGCCCCGCUUCGCCAGCAAGUUCCUGGAGAUGGUUCUCAUGCUUACUGCCGACCACGGUCCCGCCGUGUCCGGUGCCAUGAACACCAUCAUCACCACCCGUGCCGGCAAGGACCUGAUCAGUGCCCUGGUCUCCGGUCUGCUGACCAUCGGUUCCCGCUUCGGUGGUGCCCUUGACGGUGCCGCCGAGGAGUUCACCAAGGCCUUCGACAAGGGUCUCAGCCCCCGUGACUUCGUCGACGGCAUGCGCAAGGAGAACAAGCUGAUCCCCGGUAUUGGUCACCGUAUCAAGUCCCGUAACAACCCCGAUCUGCGUGUCGAGCUGGUCAAGGAGUACGCCAAGAAGCACUUCCCCAGCACCAAGCUGCUCGACUACGCCAUCGCUGUCGAGACCGUCACCACCUCCAAGAAGGACAACCUGAUCCUGAACGUUGACGGCUGUGUCGCUGUCUGCUUCGUCGACCUCAUGCGCAACUGCGGCGCUUUCUCCCCCGAGGAGGUUGAGGACUACAUGCGCAUGGGUGUCCUGAACGGUCUCUUCGUUCUCGGCCGUAGCAUGGGUCUGAUUGCCCACUACCUCGACCAGAAGCGUCUGCGCACCGGUCUGUACCGUCACCCCUGGGACGACAUCACCUACCUGCUCCCCGCUCUCCAGAAGGGUGGCUCGGAAGGCCGUGUCGAGGUCAACCUCUAA